GGGUGGCACCGGUAGCACCGGCGGGGGGGCCGCGCCUGCCGCUAGCCGCGAUUGGCCCGGCACGGCCCGGCUCGGCCCCCUCCGGGGGGGGGUCGGGUCUGGCCCGUUGAACCCCCCCUUCAACCCUCCGAGCCCCGUUUUUAAGCCCCCGGUGCCGGCGGGGUGCUCGGGCUCCACCGGCGGCGAUGACCCCCUGCGAGCCGUGAGAGCGGCCCCAGGUCAAGGAUGGUCCAUGUGAUGGGGGAUGCCGGCUGCUGGCUCCUGCUUGGGCUCUCCCUGCUCCCCAUCGCUGCCCUGGGCUCGCAGGCCGAUGGGAAGGUCAUCCACAUCAACAGGGUGCAGCACCAAGCCGUGCGAGUGGGGCUGGGGGAGCCUGUGGCCCUGCCCUGCCUCUUCUUACUCCACCCCUCCGCCUCGCUGGGGCCCAACGAGCCCCCAGACCCACCCCGAGUCAAAUGGAGCAAGGUGCGCUCGGCCGACGGCCAGAGGGAGGACAUCCCCAUCCUGGUGGCCAAGGACAACGCCGUCAAGGUGGUGAAAGCCUACGAGGGCAGAGUGUCGCUGCCCGGCUACCCCCGGGACCGCUCCAACGCCACCCUGCUGCUGCGCUCCGCCCGGGCCAGCGACGCGGGGCUGUACCGCUGCGAGGUGGUGGCCGGCAUCGAGGAUGAGCAGGACCUGCUGCCCCUGGACGUGACGGGCGUCGUCUUCCACUACCGGCCCGCGGGUGCCCGCUACGCGCUGCCCUUCGCCGCCGCCCGCCGCGCCUGCCAGGACAACUCUGCCACCAUCGCCUCCCCCCAGCACCUCCAGGCGGCCUUCGAGGACGGCUACGACAACUGCGACGCGGGCUGGCUGGCAGACCAGACCGUGAGGUAUCCAAUCACCCUGUCCCGGCCUGGCUGCUAUGGAGACCGCAACAGCCUGCCCGGAGUGCGCAGCUAUGGGCACAGAGAGCCCCAGGAGGAGUACGACGUCUACUGCUACGCCCGGGAGCUGCGAGGGACAGUGUUUUAUGCCACCGUGCCAGGGCGAUUCACCUGGCACGGAGCACGGAGGCACUGCCGGAGCCAGGGAGCUUCGCUUGCCACCACCGGGCAGCUCUACCUGGCCUGGCAUGGUGGCCUGGACCAGUGUGACCCAGGCUGGCUGGCAGAUGGCAGCGUUCGCUACCCCAUCAGGACCCCCCGCAGGAAAUGCGGCGGCGAAGCCUCGGGGGUCAGGACCCUCUACCAGUUCCCCAACCGCACUGGGUUCCCCCCUGCCACCUCCAGAUUCGAUGCCUACUGCUAUAAAGCCGCGGGGCAGAACAAGCAGGAGGAGCCUGCGCUGCCCGUGCCCGACCCCCCGGGCAGUGACAACGUCUUGGUGGAGCACGGAGAGGACCUGGGCACGUCGGGGGACACCCGGGACACCCCACGCGACCGCCACGGCCUCUUGCCGCAGCCGGAGCCUGCAGGGCUGGGCGGGGACGAGGACGAGCAGCUGCGGCUGGCCAGUGGCAGCCCCACAGCACCGCUUGGUGACCUCCCCGGGGCUGCGCCCUCAGGAGCCGCUCACGGCCUGGGGGUAGGCGAUGGCACCUCCCUGCCUCCCACCACCACCUCCUCUCCUGCAUGGCCCCAUGAGGACGAAGUUCUCAACGUGGUGGACCAAGCACCGGAGAGCUCCUGGCAGGAUCCAUCCAGCACCAGCCCAGCACAAAUGGUGGAAGAUCUUGACCCUGAGGAGCCUCCAGCUGACCUCCUGCCACGGUCCUCCCAAAGCCCAGCUCAGGAGCACCUCACCAGCUCACCACCAGCACCUCCUGAGCUGGGGACAGUCCCCAGCACGGCAGCAGAGACGCCCAGCAUGGCAGCUGCCAGCUCCCACCCCCCGCGCAGGAGCAGCUACCCCGGGCUCAAUGGGCGAUACUUCCAGCUGCUGAGCCGGGACCCACCGGUGGCGGCCAGGGACCCCACGGUGGCGGCCAGGGACCCGGUGGGGACAGUCACUCAGGCCCCCGUCGUGGCCCUGGAGGUGAAGGAGUCCGCAGCCAACACGGUGGAGACUUGGAGCAUCCCCCGGGCUGGCACCAAGAGCCCGCGGCGGGCGGGCACCUUCUCGCCCUCCAACGCCGUGGAGGAGGAGCUCGGCCCCGAGCUGAUGGCACCGGCCGCCGCUCCGCUGUCGCCCUCGCCACAGGCGCCUGCCUGGGGGGACUCACCGCGGUGGAGCCCCCGCAUAGCCCCCCGCGAUCCUGAGGGACCUGCGCGGACGCCCCCUUCGCUGCCCCCAUCCCUGCCUGCCCCCACGGCUCCCCACGGUACCCUCGGCCACCGGGAUGUGGCCGCGGCCGAGGCUCAGCCUCGCAUCCCCAGCGCCCGUGGGGACUCCCCUCAGCCACCCGCGGAUGCCACCGAGGACUUCUCCGGGGACGCCCCCUCCCAGCAGGACAGCAGCCCCACCCCGCCACGGCCCCCGCUGCCCCCGCUGCCCCCGGCCCUGCUGGUGGCCGAGGGCCCUGAGAUGGCCUCGCAGCCCCGUGGUGACCACGGUGACAGCCGCGGGACCUCGGGCUCGCUGGAGAGGCAGAGGAAAGCGCUGACAUUCUUCGACCCUGCUGGACCCUCCAUGGGGCACCCCCCUACCCCCAGCCCCACCGAGGUGGCUGCUCCCCAGCCCCAGGGAGGGCUGAGCCCCACAGCUCCCCACGGAGCAGCCGAGCCACCAGCUGAGCCCAGCCAAGAGCAGGCAGUGGGGGCUGGGGAGGCUGGGAAUGGCCAAGCCAAGUCAAGUGGUGGAACAGCCGAGUCCCCCCCGGCAGGGGAUGUGCCCUCACCUUCGCCUCCCCCUGUGGCCAGCGAGGUGACCUCCCAGGCCAGCACUGAGCAGCUGGCAGAGGUGGAGGCGAUGGAGCUGGCAGGCGAGGAAGGGUCCACAGGCUUUGCCCCCAUGGCCCCGCAGCCCACCAGCCGCUCUGUACCGGAGCUGGAGGCAGCAGAACACCUCCUGCCCCCCCACGCCCCGCGCCAGCCCCUGGCCAGCCCCGGCCCCUCGAGUGUCCCGAGCCACACAGAUACAUCCACAGCCCCCGGUGAGGAAGAUGCCUCUGGGGAGGCAAGGAGGGAAGAGCCCUCAGUGCCCCCCAGCUCGGCCACCCACAGCCCCUGGCCAUCGCCCACCACCCCCUACCCGUGGGUGUCGGAGUCCCCAGGCACAGGGCUGCUCUUCGAGCUCUCCACAGCGGCUGAACUGGGGGGGCUGGGGGUGUCCCCACUGCUGGAUGCCGACAGCGGGAGCGGAGAGGAGCCAGGGAUGGAGGAGAGGGAGCCGCUGGUCUGGGCGGGCACCAGCAACACCACCCAGCACGCUCCAGCGGACCCCUGCCAGAACAACCCCUGCCUGCACGGCGGCACCUGCCGUGCCAACGGCACCGUCUGCAGCUGCGCCUGCGCCCCGGGCUUCACCGGGGAGAACUGCGAGAUCGACAUCGAUGACUGCCUGUCCAGCCCCUGCCAGAACGGUGCCACCUGCAUCGAUGAGGUCAACUCCUUCACCUGCCUCUGCCUGCCCAGCUACGGCGGCAGCCACUGCGAGAAAGACACGGAGGGCUGCGACCACAACUGGCACAAGUUCCAGGGCCACUGCUAUCGGUACUUCGCCCGGCGGCGCUCCUGGGAGGAGGCGGAGCGGGACUGCCGCCGCCGUGCCGGACACCUCACCAGCAUCCACUCGCAGGAGGAGCACAGCUUCAUCACCGGCUUCGGGCACGAGAACACCUGGAUAGGGCUCAACGACCGCAUCGUGGAGCAGGACUUCCAGUGGACCGACAACACCGGCCUGCAAUACGAGAACUGGCGGGAGAACCAACCCGACAACUUCUUUGCUGGCGGUGAGGACUGCGUGGUGCUGGUGUCCCACGAGAUCGGCAAGUGGAACGACGUGCCCUGCAACUACAACCUGCCCUACAUCUGCAAGAAAGGCACAGUGCUUUGUGGGCCCCCACCCGAGGUGCCGAACGCCUUCACGGUGGGGAAGAAGAAGGAGAAGUACCCCAUCCACUCCAGCGUGCGCUACCAGUGCCAGGAGGGCUUCACCCAGCGCCACGUCCCCACCAUCAAGUGCCACAGCACCGGCAAGUGGGACCGGCCCAAAAUCCUCUGCACAAAACCCAGGCGGUCGCACCGAGCGCGGCGGCACCACCACCACCGGCACAGCCACCCCCACCACCAGCACCACCACCACAAACCCCGCAAGGAGCGGCGAAAACACCGCAAGCGCCUCCGGCUGGACUGGAUGGAGGAGGGCCACUACUUCUAGAGCCGGGGGACGAGGAAGCACAAAGGUCCCCAACGGGAUGUGGUGACAUUUCCCACCCCCCUCCCGCCCCUCUCCUCCUCUUUUAUAGCCCUUCCUCCCCACCCCCCACCCUUGGCUUUAGCUCCUAGGAUUCCCGGCCCCGUAGGGAAUAGGAUCCGGAGGGGGCGGCUGCGUGUGCGUCCCCAGCCCUCCCUGCAUGCCCCACGCUCAGCCCCCCCCCAACUCGGGGUCGAGCCCCCAGCCCCACACAGGGUUUGCCCUCCCUCAUCCCUGCGUGGGGGCUGUUCCCCGGCUGGGCUCUGGUGCCCCCAAAGUGGGGGGUGUUCAUCUGCCAGCCCCUCACCUGGCACCUGGGCCAUCGUCUCUUGCUGGCCGUGGGUGACUCUGUUUUUUUUAGCAGCCCCCUCCCAACCCCAUGGUCCUGCCCCAGCACCUGGGGCAUCCCUGUGGCUGGCACAGGGUGGGGACACGAUGCCGCCGGGGCUGAUGCCCCUCUCUG